AUGGAUGCACUUGAAGUCAUAGACUUGAGCGAUAACAUUUUGAUAGGAGAAUUUCCUGAUUUUCUUGCCAAUUUCCCUAAACUAAAAGUUUUGAAUUUGGCGAAUAACUUUCUCAAUGGAACAGUGCCUACAUCAUUAAGGGACAAAUCAGAAGCAAACGAAUUGGAGCUAACGCUGACGGGAAAAAAUAUGACCCUGUGUUUCUCCGAUGAAAACACAUGCCGAACCAUUGGUUUGACUCCAACUUCAAAUAAAACGCCAAAUCUUGGGAUUAGAAUUGCAAUCCGAAUCGGAAUCGGAUUAGGAAUUCUAAUUGGACUUUUCGUGAUAUGCUUGGUUAUUGUUCUAAUAAUCGGUCAAUGUCAGAAGAGAAAGGCUGUAGCAGCAUCAGGGUCUACAGGUGAGAUAUCAGGCCUGGCAAUGCCCGUGAAUGCAGAGACCCAGCAACAAAUGCACCCGACUGUUCAAUCUAUUCGAGUUGGAGCUUAAGUUUGGAAGCUUGGAGCCAAAUAAUUGUUGUUUCGA